AAUGAUCUUGAACCAAAUGGCAAUAACGAUGUUCUCUUUGGUAAUAUCAUUAGAUCCGAUGGCUUUGAUCUAGAUUGUCUUUUUUACAAAAGAAAAAUGACUAUAAAGGACCUAAUUAACGGCCUCCAAAUAAAGUUGUCAGAUUUCAACUACCAAGAAGUUCAACAGCAAUAUCAACCCGUUUUCAUUGAUCCAGGUAGAAAGUCCGUGUUUACUGCUGCUGAUAAAUUCUUCUUGUAUCAAGGGAGACAGAGAGCUCCCGAGAUAAUGACUAACAUGAUAAUAAACGGUGGCAGCAAAUACAACAAGGCAAAGAGGGUAAAGAAAAAGAAGAGAAAGAAAGAAGAAAAGAGGAGGAAGAAGAAGAAGAAUGGGGACAUAUCUUUUUCUUGUUUGAAUCAAGUUUGCACCAAACAAAAUAAAUGGAAGCCUAUCAAGUAUCAGCAAGACAGUACCAAAGUUCCUUUGAUUGUAUUCGGUAGUGGAAUGUUUGGUAAAGAUAAUGUAAAGUUAAAAGGACUUAGAUGUGGUAUCGUCGGCAAACUCUAUAAAUUAUUAAAAAAACGUGAGGCUGAAGGUCAGUUGAUUGCUACUACAAUUGACGAAUUUAAAACCUCGAAAACAUACAGCCUCUGUUUCUUUGAUGAUUUGAAAAUUAUCAGCACAAAAUCGUUUAAAGGUGUAGCCGUUGUAUGUUGCGAACGAUGCUCCAAAGUAUGGCAAAGAGAUUCUAAUGCAGCCAACAACAUGAUGACGAUUUCAAAGUCAAUUUGA